AUGGAACUUGACGAUUUGGAUCUCGGCUGUUCCUGGCCGUUGGAUCAGAUCACUUUCGCUUCAAAUUUCAGGUCUCCUGUCAUUUUCUCCUCUUCCGAACAGCCUUUCUCUCCUCUCUGGUCCUUCUCCGAAGCUGCCUCCAUCUCCGGAGAUGCCGCCGGCGAACUUUCCUCCCCCGCCGGAGCUCCUCCUCCCACUCGCUUCCCGGAUUAUUCCGUUUUACUUUCAAGUUCGGAAUCUGAAACCAACAAGGACAAUAGUCAGAUUCCAUCUCCGUCAUGGGGUAUAAUGCCUUCGGAGAAUCCAGAUAGUCACUGCUUGAUCAAAGCGAAGAUGACUCAAGCGCUAAGAUACUUCAAAGAAUCAACUGAGCAACAACAGCAACACGUUCUCGCACAGGUUUGGGCGCCUGUGAAAAGCCGAGGACGAUAUGUGCUUACAACUUCAGGGCAGCCAUUUGUUCUUGGCCCCAAUAGUAACGGCCUUAACCAGUACCGGAUGGUUUCCCUGACGUAUAUGUUCUCCGUUGAUAGUGAACGGGACGGAGAGCUCGGGCUUCCCGGCCGCGUUUUCAGGAAAAAGUUACCUGAAUGGACUCCGAAUGUUCAGUAUUACUCGAGCAAAGAGUUCUCAAGGCUUGGCCAUGCGUUGCACUAUAAUGUUCAGGGGACGUUGGCUUUGCCUGUGUUUGAACCAACUAGGCAGCUCUGUGUUGGUGUUGUUGAGCUUAUUAUGACUUCUCCCAAGAUUAACUAUGCACCUGAGGUUGAAAAAGUUUGUAAAGCUCUCGAGGCAGUGAAUCUGAAAACAUCGGAGAUAUUGAACCACGAGUCGACUCAGAUCUGUAACGAGGGUCGACAAAACGCAUUGGCUGAGAUUUUGGAGAUACUGACUGUGGUGUGCGAGACCUACAAGCUGCCUCUAGCUCAGACAUGGGUACCUUGCAGGCACCGUAGUGUUCUAGCCUUUGGAGGUGGUUUCAAGAAAAGCUGUUCGAGCUUCGACGGGAGCUGUAUGGGGAAAGUCUGUAUGUCCACGAGUGAUUUAGCUGUUUAUGUUGUGGACGCUCAUGUUUGGGGUUUCAGAGACGCUUGCGCUGAACACCAUCUGCAGAAGGGACAAGGUGUUGCUGGGAGGGCGUUUCAGUCUGGAAAUCUCUGUUUCUGUAGAGACGUGACUCGCUUCUGCAAAACCGAUUACCCGUUAGUACACUACGCGCGCAUGUUCAAGCUCACUAGCUGCUUCGCGGUUUGCUUGAAGAGCGCGUAUACAGGAGACGAUGAGUACGUUCUUGAAUUCUUUCUUCCUCCGGCCGUCACAGAGAAGAGCGAGCAAGAUCAUCUGUUGGGGUCUCUGUUUCAGACGAUGAAGCAGCACUAUUCGAGUCUCAAGGUUGUCUCUGGAACUGAACUCUGUGAGAAUGAGAUCUCUAUUGAAGUCGUGGAAGCUUCAGAGGACGGAAUGGUUUACUCAAAACUCGAACCGAUCCAAAUCCAUCAUCAAGCAACAACAAUCUCUAAGGAGUAUCUUCAGCUCAAUGCACCUGAACAGAAGCUGAUCUUAAACCCAGACCUUAUGGAGAACAACGAGGUUGCUGACACGCUUGAUCCUUCACCGGAGGCGAAACCAGGGAAGAAAUCAGAAAGAAAGCGAGGGAAAACAGAGAAAACAAUCAGUCUAGAAGUGCUUCAGCAGUAUUUUGCUGGUAGUCUUAAAGAUGCAGCCAAGAGCCUCGGUGUUUGUCCAACUACAAUGAAACGCAUUUGCCGGCAACACGGGAUCUCACGGUGGCCAUCGCGUAAGAUCAACAAAGUGAACCGAUCUCUCACGAGGCUCAAACAUGUGAUAGACUCUGUUCAAGGCGGUGAUGGAUCAAUCAAUCUAACGUCUCUCUCCUCUCGCCCUUGGCCUCACCACCAAGCCUCUCCAAUCGAAAACCAACCACCACCACCAGCCACUAGAUCGCCAACAAGCUAUCUCCAAGAUAUCAAGCUCGAAAACCGCGAUGCAGAGGACAGUGCAGGUUCAUCAACAUCGCGUGCUUCUUCCAAAGUGAGUCCUAUCUGCGAGACGCGUUUUCGGCUUCUACCGCAAAGCCAAGAAGCAUUCAAGCAAACGGCCUUGGAUGAUUCAGACAGUACCUCUAAAAAAAACAUAAACAAUCUUUGGACAUUUCAAGAAACAGCUUCUCCGACAAUACUCCAAAGUAAGCUCGUGAGUAUAAAGGCAACGUACAGAGAAGACAUCAUCAGGUUCAAGAUCUCACCAGAGUCGGUAAGCAUUGUAGAGCUGAAGCAGCAAGUGGCUAAGAGGCUGAAACUCGAAACGGCGGCGUUUGAGCUCAAGUAUCUAGACGACGACAACGAAUGGGUCUCGGUCUCGUGCGAUGCUGACCUCAGCGAGUGUCUCCACGACACGACAUCUGUUGCAACCGCAGCGAAAGCGAGCACACUGAGGCUAUCGGUUCAUGAUGUGAUUCCAAACUUUGGGAGCUCAUGCGAAAGCUCAGAGGAAAAUAUGAUGUGUUUGUGA